AACUUCCUGUUAGUGGCUGUCAUGACAACCAGAAAGUAUCUGAAAACACGUGCUGAGGGUAUUUACAGAACAUGGGGUCAAAUAGUUCCAGGAAGAAUUGUGUUUUUUGUUGGUGGAAAGGAACCGUACAACGGGCACCUGCCGGUGAUAAUAUUAGAAAAUAUAACUGAAAAUACUUAUCCACCGCAGACAAAAUCAUUCGCAAUGUUAGAAUACGUAGCUACUCAUUUUGUGAACGACUAUGAAUGGUUUAUGCGUUCCGACGACGAUGUUUUCGUGAAAACGGACAAAUUAGAAAGAUUUCUGCGUUCUGUGAACAGUUCUAAAUCUCUGUACAUUGGACAACCUGGAACUGGUACACAAGAAGAGACUGGGAAGCUGGGUCUACAUAAUAGUGCCCCAUACUGUAUGGGAGGCCCGGGGGUGUUUUUCACCCGAACCACCCUGAAGAAAAUCAGGACACAUCUAAAAAACUGUUUGUUGAAUGCUGUCACCCUACACGAAGAUACGGAGUUAGGACGGUGUGUUCAGAGAUAUGCUGGUAUAGCCUGU